UGAAUCUGACCAUCUCAAUAUGGCUCUUUCAUUUGACAAAAUUGUUCUCUUUGGGGACUCUAUCACCCAGCUUGCUUACCAGCAACAAUGUGGAUUCUGCUUUGGGUCAGCAAUACAGCACGCAUACUGCCGGAAGCUUGAUGUGAUUCUACGCGGCUUUGGUGGCUACAACUCCGAUCAUGCUGCUGCCAUAGUCGAUGCCCUAGUCCAGCAAGAAACAUCUGAGAAAUCCAAGAUUAAACUGAUGGUGGUCUUCUUCGGCACGAAUGACUCGAUUAUUCCUGAAUCCCGGAACCAUGUGCCGGUUGCCAGAUUCAAGGACAAUCUGAGGUACAUCAUCUCUGUAGGAGAGAGGACAGGGGCCAAAAUCGUGGUUGUCGGGCCGGGUCCCUUUAAUCACUAUCAGUUCAUCGACACGCAGGGAGACCGCUUUGAUUGUGAUCGGUGCACUCUUCGGGCCCGCCAAUACUGUGAUGCUGCCAUGGAGGUGGCAGAGGAGUGCAAUGUCGCCGCUGUUCCGCUGUGGGAUCUCAUCAUGGCAGAUCUCGGCUGGAAAGAAGGUGAUCUAAUCCAUGGUCUACCAGAUGGCCCGGCAGAAACCCCGCUGAACCUCUAUCUGAACGACGGAGUACACUAUCUCGGCAAGGCAUAUGAAGUCGAGUUCCUUAAUGUCAUAAGAGCCAUCAAAGAGCACUAUCCGGAACUCGACUAUGAGAGAAUUCCUGAGAAGUUGCCAAAAUGGGAAGAUCUCACCUCAGUUGAGGUAUUGAAAGCAGCUAUAGAAUAGUUCCCUGAUAGACAUACAUAGAAAUCUUCGUGCAUACUCUUCCAAAAAGGUG